AUGUUUCUCACCCGGUCAGAGUAUGAUCGUGGGGUGUCCACCUUCUCUCCAGAGGGGCGUCUCUACCAAGUCGAAUAUGCCAUCGAGGCUAUCAAGCUUGGAUCGACAACAGUAGGCGUACAAACGGCAGAAGGUGUCGUGCUGGGCGUAGAGAAGCGAGUCCAGUCGUCUCUGCUAGAGAGCUCGAGUAUCGAAAAGAUCAUGGAGAUCGACUCUCAUCUCGGUUGCGCCAUGUCCGGUCUCACUGCAGAUGCUCGAACGAUGGUCGAACAUGCCCGCAAUACUUCUCAGAAUCAUGCCUUCACGUUCAACGAGCCUAUCAAGGUCGAGUCUGUCACUCAGGCCGUCUGCGAUCUCGCGCUACGGUUCGGUGAAUCGACUGCUGACGAUGAGCCUAUGAUGAGUCGGCCGUUUGGUGUCGCGCUUCUCAUCGCAGGGCAAGACGAGCACGGUCCGCAGCUCUACCAUGCAGAUCCAUCCGGCACCUUUAUGCGCUACGACGCAAAAGCGAUCGGAUCGGGCUCAGAGGGCGCCCAAAGUGAGCUACAGGAUAGAUGGCACAAGUCACUGACGCUGGCAGAAGCCCAAGUGCUCGUGCUCAAAGUGCUCAAGCAAGUCAUGGAAGAGAAGCUAGACGAUUCCAACGUCCAGCUUGCUCAGAUCACGCCAAAAGAUUCAUUCAGGAUACUCAAGGACGAUGAGCUCAAGGCCAUCAUUGCCAAGAUCGAAGAUGCACCUGCAGACCCGAAUGAUCCUGCAGGGCCGGCACAGCCAGGCUCGGCAGCACCCGCACCUGUAACAGGUUCUGUACAAGGCGCAGCCUGA